AAGAAAAGUAGAAGAACUCUAACAUUAUCUUGAUGUAUGAAAGGAGUAAACAUCUCAUUUUGCUUCAAGAUUCAGUGCACAUUUAUAAGGUGCUAGGAGAGGUUUGGGCUUCCCAGUAGAUGCAGAUAGUCUGAGAUUUGUGGAUGUCAUACUUCAGCUAAUUCAUGUUCAGUCCAUAAACUUGUAUCUUAAUUUAUGCAAUCAUGGCACUAGAAGACGGUUACUCCAUCAACACGACUGAAGAUGACCAGGACAGUGACACGGCACCGCUUCUUGAAAAAGAAGUGCAAGAAACCAAAGUGCCUCCCAAAUGCUGCUCUGUACGCUGCAAUCUGGCUGUUAUGAUGUUCUUUGGCUUUGCUGUGGUUUAUGGGCUGCGUGUGAACCUCAGUGUUGCCAUGGUUGCAAUGGUUAAUGGGACCAAUGACCAGCCAUCACCUAAUAGCAGUAUAUCAAAUGAAUGUCCAGCACCGUCCCCACUGCAUGAUAACAACAGCCAGAGCUUAGAACAGCCAGAAGGGAUUCCAAGGUACCCGUGGAAUUCGGAGACACAGGGAAUGCUUCUUGGUGCUUUCUUUUUUGGAUACCUGUUCACUCAGAUCCCGGGAGGUUAUUUAUCGGGUCGCUUUGGAGGAAGCCUGUUUCUGGGUGGAGGUGUGCUGGGAACGGCUCUCCUGACGCUCCUCACCCCGCUGUCGGCUCAACUCGGAGCCAAGUGGCUGUUCACCCUGCGUGCACUGGAGGGUUUCGGGGAGGGGGUGACUUUUCCUGCCAUGAUGGCGAUGUGGGCACGCUGGGCUCCUCCACUGGAAAGGGCUCGUCUGAUGACAUUCUCUGGUGCCGGCUCUAGUUUUGGUGCAUUUGUGGCUCUUCCUCUCACUGGCUUCAUAUGCCAUAGUCUGGGCUGGCCUGCAGUCUUCUACUCCUGCGGUGGUGCCGGGUGCCUGUGGGCGGUGUUCUGGUUUAUCCUGGUGUCAGAUGAACCACGAACUCACCCCAGAAUUACUGUCCAAGAGAAAGAUUACAUAAUCAACUCGUUAGGUCAACAGGGGACUGCUCAUGGUUGGUCAGUGCCUGUGUGGUCUAUGCUGUUCUCUAUGCCUCUGUGGGCUAUAAUCAUCCCUCAGAUGUGCUCCAACUGGUCUUAUUACACUCUCCUCACCUCUCUGCCCAUAUACAUGGACAGCGUACUCCACUUUGAUUUGCGACAGAAUUCGUUCCUCUCCGCUCUGCCGUAUCUUGCUGGUUGGCUGUUUUCUGUGGGUUCAGGAGUGCUGGCUGAUAAUCUGCUGGAGAAGGAGAUCCUGAGUGUCACCGCCGUACGCAAAAUCUUCACUUUCAUAGGUCUCUUUCUGCCGGCUGUUUUCCUGCUAGCUGUGGGCUUCUCGGGGUGUAGUGGUGUUCUGGCUGUGACUUUUCUGACUUUAUCUAGUGCGUUUGGUGGAUUCAGUGCUGCUGGUGUCUUUAUUAACCAGAUUGACAUCGCUCCACGGUAUGCAGGAAUGCUUCUAGGAAUCACAAACACUUUUGGGACCAUUCCUGGUGUACUUGCUCCAAUCGUAGUGGGUUACUUGACCAAAAAUCACUCAGUUUCCGGAUGGAGGAAUGUGUUCUGGUUGUCGGCUGGAGUGAGCGCAUUCGGAGCCAUCUUUUAUGUGAUCUUUGGCACUGGGAAGAUUCAGAGCUGGGCAAGAACAGAUGAGGAAUCAGACACAGAUGAGCAAGAUUAAACAUUUCAGAUCGCCUUAUUUGAGUUUCAUACUCGACACAUGUGCUACCAGUCGAAAGUUUGGACCAACUUCACUAAAUUAUGUUGUUUUAAAAGGUUUAGACAGAUACAGAUAGUGCCUGUUUUGUUAAUUUCAUAAAAAUUCAAAUUUUUUGUCUUGUUUCUAGUCCAAAUAUCUAAUAACUCUUAAAUCAAGCAGCAUUUUCUAGACCGCCAAAACUAUUGUUUUAUUUUAAGAAAUAGCAUGCUAUAAUUUAAGUGAGUUUUUCCCUAAAACAAACUAAAUAGUCUGGGAAAGGGGUAAGCAAAAUAAUCUUGUUUUUCUUUUUGACAUAAGAUUAUUUUGCUUACCACAUCGGCAGAUUAUUUUGCUUGUUUUAAUUACACUUAAUUUUUGCAUAUUUUGUCUUAAAACAAGACAAUAAUUGUGACAAUGUUUUACUUGUCUACACUGUAAAACCUGAUAAGUUAACUCAAACUGAGGAAACCGAUUGCGGCAAACCAUUUACUUUUUUAAAUAAAAGGGUUUGAGUACUGUAAACUUUAAUAUA